CUUGGUGUUGCCGUUGGAUUUUGUGUUCCGGCCAUGGUCGUUCCUAGUUUACCAACUGACUCCUAUUGGUUCGAUAACAAUGGGACAUAUACACUGGACUAUCCAUGGAUCGCUCGACUAUUCCGCGGUCACAUUCAACCGAACGCCUCGAUGUUUGACAGUAUCAAAUUUUGCAUGAUGAUUCUGUUGUACGCGGGCGCGGUCAUCACCACACUCCCUUUAAUUCCCGUCCUAUUCGCAUUUAAAUCUGAGCCUCCAUCCGAGCCCACCUAUGCGCAGUAUAUGCGCAAACAAGUUCGUCGACGAGUAAAACAUUUGGAUGAUGAAGCAGGAAUGGAGGCAAAUCAACGUUCCACUGAAUGUUCCAUGGAAACCGUUCGAUCACGAUCUGGAAGCCACACAGUGCGAAAUAAUCAAGUUGCCCCGUUGACCGAAACGAGUCCAGUGUUGAGUAAAAUCAAUCAUGAGGAUGAGACUUCGUUGGACACCGAUUCAACUAUAUCAAAUGGGGACUACAAGAGUUCGUUGCUCCGUGUCAUUCGGAAUCGCCAAUAUGUUUUGCUGUUUUUCAGUUAUGGAAUUAAUACGGGUGUAUACUACGCUCUGGGAACACUACUGAAUUUCAUUCUGUUGGACUUUUUCCCGGUGAGUAUUUGUGCAAUUAACUUGAGUUCAAACAUCUUCAAUGUAUGGACAUCAAUUUUGUUCUAUGAAGGAUUGUACAAUGUUCCCUUUAAUCAUAUCGCAGCUGGUGCCGACAAUAGCAUCACCACUCCUGCCUCAGCUUUUAACCCCACUUUUAGAGUAUUUAUGUACUUUUAA